UUUAAUAGAUUUAAAACAUCAUCUACAACACUUUCAUUUGCUUCUUGAGAACUUGCACAAGCAUUAGAUUGUCAAGAAAAACUUAGAGCUGAAAUUAAAGAAAUUCUUGGUAAAUUUGGAGGAAAAUUAAGCUAUGAAAUUAUUAAUGAAAUGAAGUAUCUUGAUAUGGUUAUAAAAGAAACAUUGAGAAAAAAUUCACCAGUUGGAUCACUCGUAAGAGAAUCAGUAGCACCAUGAAAAAUUCCAGGAACUGAUAUAACAUUGCCAAAAAAAACAAAAGUUUUUUUUCCUAUACAUUCAUUUCAACGUGAUCCAGAAUAUUUUAGAAAUCCCGAUGUAUUUGAUCCACUGAGAUUCAGUGAAGAAAGAAAAUCAGAAAUUAUUCCUGGAACUUAUAGUCCAUUUGGACAUGGACCAAAAAACUGUAUUGGUGAAAGAUUUGCAAAUUAUCAAACGAAAAUAGGAUUAAUAUCAAUUGUAAAAAAUUUUAUAAUUGAACCAUCGGAAUUUACUAAAAAAACAUAUGUUAUUGAUAAAGCAUCACUCGUUCUUGCUAUGAAAGGAGGUGUUCAUCUUAAGCUUGUUCCUUGCAAUUAAAAAUUUUUGUUUUAAAAAAUAGUUAACAAUCAGAAUUAAUGUGUAAAAUAAAAUAUAUAUGUUUAGAAAAUAAUAUGCACAGAAUAUAAACAUUAAAUGUAAAUUAUGUUUCUUAAAUAUUCAUUGAAUUAUUAUUUACAUUUUUUAUUUUCAAGUGUACUUGGUAAAUAAAGCUAAUGAAUUUAUAAAAGCACUUAAAAUGUAUUUAAUAAAUUUAUUCUUAAUUUUUGCAAAUUAAAUUAAUCAAGCUUUUAAAUAUUUUUUUAUUAAUAUCAAACAAAAAAAUUAUAGUAAUAAUCGUAAUGUCUAGUGGUGUCUAGACAUGACGAGGAAAAAUUAAUAAAAAAAAAAAAAUUCUGUAUUUUAUUUAAUUGAACAAUUAAAGCAUGAAAUUUAAAUAAUUAUUUUUCAAUAUUUUUAUUAUAUUUUAAUUCUUAGAAAUAGUGAGAAAAAUAAAAAUUUAUGCGUCAUAGAAAAUUACAAUUACCAAUAUUAUUUUAUCAACGAAAUUGUGAGUUUUUUUUUAAAGACGUAUAGAAAUAUUUUAUUCAUUGAGAUUUAAUUAUAAAAGAAAUUGAUAUCCCGAAAAUAUUUGCUCAGCAAUUUUGUAUUAAAAACGUGAAAUAAUUAUUCAUCUGAAAUAAAUCCGAAUGAUUUGAAGGAAAAUAACAGACAAGUUUGUCAUUAUUUUUUUUAUUAAAAAAAAAUGAUGAUAUAAGAUAUGAAAAAUAAUAAUAAUACGUUAGUGUUGAAUAAAAAGUUAAAUUUAUCUUUGCAAAUAUUGAUAAUUACUUGAUUAUUAUUGCAAGUCAUGUUGCAUCAGGUAUAAGCUACGUAUUAUAUAUUUUCAUCAUUUGCAGUAAUUUUAAUUCAUUGUUAUAUUCUCUAUCAAAUAAGGAGGUGAUAAUAAAAAUUGUGCAUAGUGUGUAAACGCAAGAUAAAAUGGAAUUUCAAAUACAAACAUAUAUCAUAGGAUUUAUUGCAAUUAUUUUGACAAUAUAUUAUUAUAUAACAAAAAAAUUAAAUUACUGGAAAAAUCUUGGUGUACCUGGUCCAAAACCAGUGCCAAUAUUUGGUAAUUUUACUAAAUUGUUUUUGAAAAAAUUAACAGUUGGUCAAGUGAUUCAAAAUAUAUAUACAAAAUGGAAACAUGAAGCAUUUGUUGGAGUUUACAAAGGUCACAGUCCUCAGUUAAUAAUCAAUGAUCUUGAUUUGAUAAAAACAAUAUUAAUCAAAGAUUUUGAUACAUUUAAUGGACGUGGAGUUGCUGUAAAUGAGGACAUUGAUCCACUCACUGCAAAUAUUGUUAAUAUUGAUGGACAUCGAUGGAAAUUUAUACGUGCUAAACUAACACCAAUAUUUACUACUGGAAAAUUAAAACACAUGAUUGAAUUGAUGGUAGAAUGUGCUGAUCAUUUUGAAAUAUAUUUAUCAAAUCAAUUGAAAAAAUCAAACGUCAUUGACUGUCGAGAAGUUGCUGCGAAAUUUACAACUGAUGUCAUAGGUUCUUGCGCAUUUGGAAUAAAUAUGAAUGCAUUAUCAAAUGAUGAAAGUGAAUUUCGUAAAAUUGGUAGAAAAUUAUUUGAAUCAAAUUUUUAUACCAUGGGAAAACGUUUAUUAAGAGAAAUUACACCGUGGUUGUUUACCUCUUUAAAAAUAAGCUUAAUGGAUUCAAAAAUAAGUAAAUUUUUCAUAAAUACGAUUAAUGAAACAAUUGAUGUUAGAAAAAAUAAUAAUAUUAUUAGAAAUGAUUUAAUUGAUUUAUUUAUUAACAUUAAAAAAACAGAAAAUAAUAAUGAAAUUCAAUUUACUGAUAGUCUCAUGACUGCUCAGGCAUUUGUAUUUUUUGCUGCAGGUUUUGAGACAAGUAGUACUUUAAUUUCAAUGUCCUUGUAUGAACUUGCUAUUGAGCCAAAGGUUCAGGAAAAAUUAAGAAGUGAAAUUAUUGGAACGUUGAAGAAUAAUGAUGGAAAAUUAAGUUAUGAUGUUAUUAACAGUAUGAAAUAUCUCGACAUGGUAAUGCAAGAAACCCUGAGAAAAGAUCCACCAGUUUCAACGCUUAUUAGGCGAGCUUGUAGAUCAUAUAAAAUACCAGAAACAAAUACGACAAUUGAAAAAGGAACGAACGUUAAUAUACCAGUUUAUGCUAUUCAUCAUGAUCCAAGCUAUUAUCCAAGUCCAGAGAAAUUUGAUCCUGAACGUUUUACUGAUAGUGCCAAGGCCCAGAGACAUCCUAUGACACUUUUAGCUUUUGGGGAUGGUCCUAAAAAUUGCAUAGGACUUCGGUUUGCUGGUUAUCAAUUUAAACUGGGGAUUAUUAAAAUUUUAAAAAAUUAUAGAGUCAAACCGUCAAAGUCAACAGUGGUACCAUAUGAAAUUGAUAAAGGCUCAGUUAUUUUAACUCCGAAAAAUGGUAUUCAUCUUGUCUUUGAGCCUCUAAAAUUAAAUUAUUGGGAAAAUCUUGGUGUACCUGGUCCCAAGCCAGUGCCAGUGUUUGGUAAUUUUACUAAAUUGUUUUUGAAAAAAUUAACAGUUGGUCAAGUGAUUCAAAAUAUAUAUACAAAAUGGAAACAUGAAGCAUUUGUUGGAGUUUACAAAGGUCACAGUCCUCAAUUAAUAAUCAAUGAUCUUGAUUUGAUAAAAACAAUAUUAAUCAAAGAUUUUGAUACAUUUAAUGGACGUGGAAUUGUUAUAAAUGAGGACAUUGAUCCACUUUCUGCAAAUAUUGUUAAUAUUGAUGGACCAAGAUGGAAAUUCAUACGUGCUAAACUAACACCAUUAUUUACAACUGGAAAAUUAAAACAAAUGAUUGAAUUGAUGGUGGAAUGUGCUGAUCAUUUUGAAAUAUAUUUAUCAAAUCAAUUGAAAAAAUCAAAUGUCAUUGACUGUCGAGAAGUUGCUGCGAAAUUUACAACUGAUGUCAUAGGUUCUUGCGCAUUUGGAAUAAAUAUGAAUGCAUUAUCAAAUGAUGAAAGUGAAUUUCGUAAAGUUGGUAGAAAAGUAUUUGAAUCUGAUUUUUAUAAGAUGAUGAAACGUUUAUUAAGAGAAACUUCACCGUGGUUGUUUACCUCUUUAAAAAUAAGCUUAAUGGAUUCAAAAAUAAGUAAAUUUUUUAUGGAUACGAUUAACGAAACAAUUGAUGUUAGAAAAAAUAAUAAUAUUGUUAGAAAUGAUUUAAUUGAUUUAUUUAUUAAUAUUAAGAAAACAGAGAAUAAUAAUGAAAUUAAAUUUACUGAUAGUCUAAUGACGGCUCAGGCAUUUAUAUUUUUUGUUGGAGGUUUUGAGACUAGUAGUACUACAAUUUCAAUGUCCUUGUAUGAACUUGCUAUUGAGCCAAAAGUACAGGAGAAAUUAAGAAAUGAGAUCAUUGAAACAUUAAAGAAUAGUGAUGGACAAUUAAGUUAUGAUGUUAUUAACAGUAUGAAAUAUCUCGACAUGGUAAUGCAAGAAACUCUGAGAAAAAAUCCACCAGUUUCAACGCUCAUUAGGAGAGCUUGUAGAUCAUAUAAAAUACCAGAAACAAAUACGACAAUUGAAAAAGGAACGAACGUUAAUAUACCAGUUUAUGCUAUUCAUCAUGAUCCAAGCUAUUAUCCAAGUCCAGAGAAAUUUGAUCCUGAACGUUUUACUGAUAGUGCCAAGGCCCAGAGACAUCCUAUGACAUUUUUAGCUUUUGGGGAUGGUCCUAAAAAUUGCAUAGGACUUCGGUUUGCUGGUUAUCAAUUCAAGCUGGGUAUUAUUAAAAUUUUAAAAAAUUAUAGAGUCAAACCAUCAAAAUCAACAGUGGUACCAUAUGAAAUUGAUAAAGGCUCAUUUAUUUUAACUCCGAAAAAUGGUAUACAUCUUGUUUUUGAGCCACUUUAAUUAAGGAAUAAAAUAACAUUGCAAGUACAAUAUAAAAUGUAACUAAUAAUAAACAAAAAAAAAUAUUUUAAAAAAGAAAA